CUCGUUACACAUAACCAUUCUAGCUUCCAAAGAUUGCAGUUACUUGUUGCAAUUCUCUUUAAUUUCUCCCACAUUGUGAUAAUAUUGCCUGAGAUUUUGGUAAAAUGGCAGCGUCACAUGAAGAAGAGCACCCAGUUAAGGCCUUUGGAUAUGCAGCUAGUGACACCUCUGGGCUUCUUUCACCGUUCAAGUUUUCAAGAAGAGCUACCGGUGAAAAGGAUGUGCAAUUCAAGGUUUUGUACUGCGGCAUCUGUCACUCGGAUCUACACCAGAUCAAGAAUGAAUGGGGCUUCACUAAGUACCCCAUUGUCCCUGGGCAUGAAAUUGUUGGUGUGGUGACUGAGGUUGGUAGCAAGGUAGAGAAAUUUAAGGCUGGAGACAAAGUAGGUGUGGGAUGCUUGGUAGGGUCCUGCCGUAAAUGUGAUAACUGUGCAAAUGAUCUCGAGAAUUACUGCCCUCUAAGCGUACAGACUUACAAUGACUUGAGAACCACCACUUACGGUGGCUACUCAGACAUCAUGGUGGCUGAUGAGCACUUUGUGGUCCGAUGGCCCGAAAGCCUGCCUAUGGAAGCUGCUCCUCUGCUCUGUGCUGGCAUAACUACGUAUAGUCCCUUGAAAUACUUUGGACUUGACAAGCCCGGGAUGCACAUUGGUGUGGUUGGUCUCGGUGGUCUAGGCCAUAUGGCUGUCAAGUAUGCAAAGGCCUUUGGCACAAAGGUGACUGUUAUCAGCACAUCUCCUAGUAAGAAGCAGGAAGCUCUGGAGCGUCUUGGCGCUGACUUGUUCUUGGUUAGCACCGACCCUGAGCAGAUAAAGGCUGGAAUGGCUACAUUGGAUGGCAUUAUUGACACGGUUUCUGCAGUUCAUGCUCUUUUACCAUUGAUUGGUUUAUUGAAGUCCCAUGGAAAGCUGAUCAUGGUUGGGGCACCUGAAAAACCACUUGAAAUCCACAUGUUCCCAUUGCUUAUGGGUAGGAAGCUAAUUGCUGGCAGUUGCAUCGGAGGGAUGAAGGAGACGCAAGAAAUGUUAGAUUUCUCAGCAAAACACAACAUAACACCAGAAGUUGAAAUCGUUCCAGCAGACUACGUGAACACUGCCAUGGAUCGCCUUAAGAAAUCUGAUGUGAGAUACAGAUUUGUACUGGAUAUAGGGAAAACAUUGAAGGCUGCUUAAUCUACACCUUUUAAAAGGUUUCACAAGAGCAGAUUAUGAACGUUAAAAGAAGAGGUUUUGAACUCUGAGAAGCUGUACUUUAGCAUCUUAUUGUCCUUGAUUGUGUUGACUGUUAGUUUGAUGCAACUAAAAAUAAAAUUUCUUCCUCUGCUUUGAAUCACAA